AACCCCUUCCCAGCUUUGUUUUACAGCACAGCCCCAAGAGCUCUCAAUCAAGAGAAAGAGAAAACAAGAAAACAACAACCAACAACAACAAUAAAAAUGAAUUCCAUUUCAGGUUUCUUUUUUCUCUUACCUCUCACCAUCUGCCUCUCCCUCGUCGCGGCCCAAAGGACCACCACCCUCGCAGUGGCCCAAACCAAUGGCACCGCCACCGCCACCUCCCCUGCCAGCCUAAUCACAAAAGCCUGCGGUGCAUCCCAACGCAAGGACUUUUGCGUCGCUCUCCUCAACGCCGAUCCCAACAGCCAAAAAGCAGACCUAAAAGGCCUCGCAUUCGUUGCCCUCAAGGCUGCAUCAAAAAAUGCCACAGACAUAUCGGCCCAAAUUAAGUUGUUGCUAAAUGGGACCGAUGUGGCACCCACUGUGGACGAUGGGCUCACUAACUGCGACAAGGCCUACCAUGACGUGGUCGACCAGAUUGAGGAUUCGAUCAGUGCCUUGGUUUCGAAUACCCAUAAAGAUGUGGAGAAUUGGAUGAAGGCUGCCAUUGCUGAUAUCGAUACGUGCGAAAUGGGCGUCAAGGGACAGACAGAGCUCGCUGUGGAGCUGUCUCGCAAAAACCGUGUUCUUCGCCAAUUAUGCAACACUGCUUUGGGCAUCGUCCAUGUUGUGGCCCGUAAUUGAUCUCAAAUUUAUGUAAUGUGUUAAUAUUAACCCCUUUUUAUCGUACACAAGUUAUAUACGCAAUAAUACGGGUUUCUAUAAUCUUUUAUGAAUGUAACUGUUCACCUCAAAGCAGAAUGCUCAGCUCAAAUAAAAGCUAUUAAUAAAAAGACAGUCAUUAUGACUUAUUUUGAA